GGUUGAAGGUUUCUUUCCUUGUGUAACCUUUCCGACCCUGGAAUAAAACGCUGCACGGGGUCAAGGGAAAAGCUUCGAACGAAAGUUGUUCAUUAGUAUCGUCCCAGCAUGUCUGAGCAGUCCGAGGUCAGCGGUCUUACUGAUGAAGCAGCGUUUAGUGCUUGCUGCGAUUCCGAUCCCAGCACGAAGGAUUUUCUGUUGCAACAGACAAUGCUAAGAAUAAAAGAUCCUAAGAAGUCACUGGAUUUUUAUACUCGAGUUCUUGGCAUGACACUACUCCAGAAGUGUGACUUCCCUUCUAUGAAAUUCUCCCUCUACUUCCUGGCUUACGAAGAUAAAAAUGAUAUUCCGAAAGAUGCCAAGGAGAAAACAGCUUGGACUUUUUCUAGAAAGGCCACAUUGGAACUCACACACAACUGGGGCACAGAAAAUGAUGAGAACCAGGCCUACCACAACGGCAAUUCCGACCCACGAGGAUUUGGUCAUAUUGGAAUUGCUGUCCCUGAUGUAAAUGCAGCUUGUAAAAGAUUUGAGGAGCUGGGAGUAAAAUUUGUCAAAAAACCAGAUGAUGGUAAAAUGAAAGGGCUGGCUUUUAUCCAGGAUCCUGAUGGCUACUGGAUAGAAAUCCUGAAUCCUAAUCACAUGGUGACUCUUAUCUAGUUGGAAAUACUGCAAAGUGAUCUUAAACCGAGACUGAAAAUAACACAAAAAUGUUCUCCUUUAAGAGAUGGAAAUUUAUAUAGUCACUGAAGCUCAUCUGGUAUAAUCAGUGGUCUCUUGUUUUUUCUUUUUUCAUGUUUUUUUUCCUACCUCCUCUUUGGUUUGGCUUAUUCUGAAGAUGUUUUAGAAUAGUUAAUAACUGAAGAUAAUAAAUAUCUUUGGCAAGUAUGUACUUGCAAAAAAUCUUGAUCAUAAUUUCCUUUUCAGGACUUGCUGAAUUUGCAGGGUUUUUACAGCCAAAUUUUCUUUCACCAUCUAAAUAAAAGUUUUGGGCAGGAAAAUUGCUAUGCUUGCCUUAUUUAGACGUGCAGAAAAGACGAGAUAGGAAACUUAGAUGACUUUGAAGUUGGAAUAGAAUGCAGAAGUCUUAUUCCUUUUUCCUCUGAUAGGAAUAAUGCCCCAUUUGAAGUUAUUUGUUCAUCUCUCAGUUCAUGACAAUAAGCAAAUCUUGCAACACUUUGCAAGUAUUUCUAAUUCUUAUGGAAGUGAUCAGUUUAUUAGAGUAAAAAGUGUAGUCCAAAUUGCUGUUGAAAAUCCAUUCUCUAGGUGUCAUAGAGAGCUUUUCCUCCAAGAACACAAAAUAUAAAAAGAAAAUACUGUGGCAGAAUGUGCAUUUAAACCUGAACUAAGAUUGUCAUAAUCCCUGUGUAUGUUCGUGCUUUUUAGGGUCUAGAUAAGGAUUGAAUUUUUAAAAGUGUGUGCAUAAAAUAAUUGUCUGUGUUAAUAUAGUAAAAUAUAGAAAUCUGGUGUAAUCUAAAUAUCUGAAAUACUAAUGGAAUACCUAUGGUGGUAUAACUUUUACCUGCCUCUUUAAAAUAACAGUUGAAUUCUGAAUUGAUGCAACUAAAGUUUGUAAGUCUGAUCCUUGAACCAGUUAGUAUUUGGGGUUUAAUUUAUAUUGAUGCAAGCCAGGUGCCCCCAAAAUGACGUCCACCCAAGUGCUUUUAGAAAGUGGGUGGGGUCAGGUGGGGCUUUUCUCCUGAUUGGUCAUCAGAUUUGAUUGGCUUAAAUACUGCUUUGGCAGCAUCUGCCUCCACAGCAAGGAUCUUCACUGUAUGGCUGAAGAUAAAUUGUGGCAGCCAUUUUGUGGCUGUGCCCACCAUGUUGUGUCAGAAUUCCAGUGGUACCCACAUGCUCUAAAUGGUUGGGCCCCCUUAUUAACUGCGCAAUAACAUCUUUUGCCAAGAAGUCCUAAGUUGUCUUACUUGAUACAUUGUUAGCAGCACUUUAGAGUUCUUUUUGGAAUGCACAGUGACAUCAAAUAAAAAGUAUUUAUUUCUGAGCAAA